GAUGCCCAGACAGUUCUGCACCUGAACCUUGGGAACCGCCUAUCUCUAUGUCAAGUAUUACCAUUGGUUAAUUCUACUGUUUCUCCAUGUCUAUCAAGACGUCUACGUCAUAUGAUAAGACAAAUUGAGGAAGUUGAAGUUGCCAAUGACGUGAAAUUCAUUCCGCAUCGAAAUGUCAGGCUAACCGCUGAUAUUUACUUGGUGAUAUAUCCUACUGGUUUAAAAAACGAGUAAAUGUAGUUGCUAUAAUACCUGAAACAGUAUAAAGAAUUGUUGAGGGUGGCUGCCUCGGUCUCCCACACUUACACAGGAUGCUGAUUUCUACACUGCUUUGGUUAGCGGUCUGCUGUGGAUUUGCCGUUUCUGAGCACAGGGGAAAUGACACAGUUAAAGAAACCACACAAAUGACCCAUCCCCUACUGCUUGUAUCCUUUGACGGUUUCCGGGCUGACUACUUGAAGAUGUAUCCCUUUCCUCACUUGCAAAAGUUUUUCUCCGAUGGUGUUCUUGUGGACUACCUCACUAAUGUCUUCUCAACAAAAACAUUUCCCAACCAUUACAGCCUGGUCACUGGGUUGUAUGCCGAGAGCCAUGGAAUUUUGGCCAGCCGUAUGUAUGACCCACAGACCAAGAAGAACUUCACCACCGCGGACUCCGAUCCCUCCUGGUGGGAUGAAGCCACACCUAUCUGGGUGUCUGUGCAGAACUCUGGCUACAAGUCAGCCGCUGCCAUGUGGCCAGGCUCGGACGUCAAGAUCCACAACAGCACCGCUACAUACUUCUUUCCCUAUAACCCCAAAGUGACUUUCCAAGAGAGGCUCGGAAACCUAACCAAGUGGCUGAAGGAUGACCCGGCAGUUAGAUUUGCCGCUCUUUAUUGGGAGGAACCGGACCACACAGGCCACAUGUACGGCCCAGACAACACUUUAGAGAUGACCAAGGUCUUGAAAGAGGUGGACAACAACAUAGGCCUGCUCAUGGAACAGCUCCAGCAGGCCGGCCUAUGGGGGAACAUUAAUGUGGUCCUAACCAGUGAUCACGGCAUGGCCCAGUGCUCCCAAGAGCGACUCAUCAAGCUGGACAGCUGCCUCAAUCGGACCGACUACUCAGUGGUGGAUCUCACUCCUGUGGCUGCUAUCAUACCUCUUAACAAUGUUUCCAGGGUAUACAGUCUACUGAACAAGUGCCAUACCCAUAUGAGGGCCUACAUGAAGGCAGACAUACCACAGAGAUUGCAUUACAAGGACAAUGAAAGGAUUCAGCCCAUCAUCCUCGUGGCAGAUGAGGGAUGGACCAUUGUGCAGAAUGGCUCACUUCCUCGACUUGGGGACCAUGGCUAUGACAACACCCUUCCUAGCAUGCACCCAUUUCUGGCAGCUCAUGGCCCUGCUUUCCGGAAAGGUUAUCACUUGUCCAGCUUCAACAGCGUCGACAUCUACCCUCUCAUGUGUCAUCUCUUGGGUAUCCCCGCCAUGCCCAACAAUGGCAGCUUUGUCAAAGUUCGCUGCAUGCUCGUGAGUGAGACCUGUGCGGAUCUUGCAGUGACAGUGGGCAUUGUGAUUGGAGUCCUCAUCGUGCUCACCACACUGACCUGCCUCUUCAGGCUCAUGAAAAGCAGAGGGCCUUCACCUUCUCGGCCCUUCGCUCGUCUUGAGCUACAGGACGACGACGAUGAUGAUGAUCCUCUACUGGACUGACAAGCCCUUUUUUAAUUAGGUACCCACGUUCAACCGAUGUUUCCAACCUAGUUUUCAUCUGUGUCAGACACCAUUCAUACCAGGCUGCUGACUUGCCUUAUUCCCAGGUCAAGGGUAUUUACACCAUGACCAGGGCCAUUCAAUAGCUAAAUAUUAAUAUUCCAAUACAAUGGGGUUACUUCAGUGUGCAGUAUGGUGUAACUUUGUACAGUGCUUAUGUUGUGCACAAAACUGCUAUUAGUCGUGGGUAUUAUAAUAUUCUGUUAGAUCACUUGUAAACAAAUAUUUAGUGUCAACCAAUAAGUUUGUGUUGCAUCUCACAAGCAAUAACUUGGCAGAGGUUGAUUCCUUUCAACCAAGCUAUAUGGAUUGAUCCAAGUAGAUCCUUUUAUAGUAAGAUUUGACCCACAUAAUAGAGUUUCAGCUCUUUCUUUGGAAUGAAAAAGAAGAGAUCCCACUCCAACCAGAGACUUAAGUAAGAAAGUACGUUUCUUGUGUGAUGUAACCAAGUUCUUGGUCUCCUUUCCUGGUUCUUUUCUAAUUGCGUGUGCUAUGCUGCUAAAAAAUGCUAAUGAGGAGCCCUGUAUAUGGAAGCUGUUGAAUUGUUGGUCUCUGGAAAACGUAAAAAAGCAGCUAAGCCAUUUUCUUGCACUUUGAUAUAUUACUGAAGCUAUGCUUCAGUUGCUGUCUGUUGGAGCUUGGAAACUCCCAAAGAUGAGAUGUCACUGAGAUUUAAAUAAUAGCUUUAAAAUGGUUGGUUCCUGGUAGACACUGGAAAUACUUGAAAUCUUUUUAGGCCAGAUUUGUGCUAGUUUAUGUCAUAUUGGUACAAUAGUGAUGUUGGUGUCUGUUACAAUAGUUCCAUUGGUGGUAUCCAUAAGAAUUCAAGGUCUAAGCGAAAUUGAAAGAAAUUGUUUUAAGCGAGGGAGGGCAUGAACUGUUCAAAAUACUGUUUAUUUGGAAAAGUUAUAUGUUCAUUUACGAUUGAUUUGUGUUGUUUAUGAUGACACCCAUGCAUUUCCUUGUGCAUUUGAGGUCAGACUCAUAGUCUCACAAGCUUUUCGUUUUGUCAAGUUUAUCUUGAAUGGAAAUAUCCCAGAUCAUUGUUAGGCCAAAAUGCUUUGGACAUUGCUGUGCACUUCUUAUUUCAGGCAUGUGAAAGAAUUUAUCCGUGCACCUUUUAGCAUGCCAUUUCAGGAAAAUAUUUAUUUAUCUUUUUUAGUCAGAUCUAUUCUUGCUUUAAUGUGAUAAACAAAAAAAGGAACAUUUAUGUUAUGGAAGGGAUGUUAUGCAGUGUUCUUUUCAGUGGGUAUUUCAGUUUUGUUCUUUUUUGAAAAUCUACUGUUAUCUAGCUGCACUAUUUCUCACCCCCUUCCUAUGUUACUGGAAUUGUACCCCAGUACAAUUUAACAAGUAAUGGUAAAGCAUACACUGGAGCAUUGGUAUUUCUGACAUUCUUCUGUAUUGUGUGUGGCCAAGGCCAUGACCCCACAUUGUAAACAAAAAGAGACUUAUUUUCACUGGAGACAGAAAUACCAGUGCUACUAAGUUGAGGAAAGCCUGAGUAGUGAUGAAAUCAAUAAAAAAGUUCUUUUGCCAUA